AUGGAAGCUCAGCUGCAGUCCACCUUCUUCGGAAGGCUGCCACAGGAAAUUCGGGACAUCCUCUACAGAGAAUUCUGGGCAGCGUCGGGCAUCCGCCAGCAUAUCUUCGAACAGGAUGGUUGCAUCACACACUCUCACUGCAUUGUAAACCCCGGCGACGAGGACACGCGCAAUAGUGACUUCGACCAACUGUGGCACAAGCGACAGACGAGUCGUCCUCAAUCCCUGGUUCACGAUGCCAACUGGGCAAGGAGAAUGUCUUCGUCUUGGAACGAGCACUGGAAAUGUGAGGAAGCUAUGCUCCACUCUCGGAAAUCAGGCACGCGGACGGGUACGCUGUUUCUGCCUGUCCUGGUAUCAUGCAAACGAAUGUAUACCGAAGCUAUAAAAUCGCUAUAUCCAUCUCUAACCAUUAUCAUCACCUCCCUUGACCUAUCACAGAGGCUCUUCCACUGCACUCACCCAACGGCUUAUGUGCCUUACCUGCGCACCGUGGAGCUAUCCCUCAGCGUCCCAUUCACUCUCCUUCACACCACCAUCGGCUCACCUCCCAUCCUACAUCAAGAAACGGCUUGGCCCGAACUAUUAAGCUCGCUUUCCGCACUCGCCGACUCAGGAUCGCUGCAUUCCCUUGCCCUCCGUCUCGACCUCGCGGAGGACAACCGGUUCUGGUGGGAGGUGCGCGAGACCCGAGCGCUGGCCACAAUGAGCCCAGGGCUGAGGAAGCGCACUCGGCUUGAAUUGCCGGUGCUCAGCGUAGAUGUGGGCCGGAUGCGGCCGUUCCAAUACAACUGCUCUGGCCCCCCCUCAGUAUUUGAUGAGCAACAUGAGCAGGCCGAGGUAACUGAGACGAAGCGACAUCCAAGUCAAAGCAGCGAAUCGCAGGCUCCUGCCAUUCUCCGGUGGCGGAAUGAGGCUUCUGUGUAUCCAGUUCCAUUGGACCCAGGAAUGCCGCUCAGAAGGGCAGGAGCUGAGGAGGAGCGGCAGCCAUCUGAUUUCGGACAGCUGACCAGGUACCCACGACGGCGGUGGAUGCGGGCUGGCCUGGGCGAUGGCAUUCAACCACGGCUGGAGUUCUUCAAUCCACAGAAGCAUGGCAUGUUGAAUAUCAAGACGCCGAAGGAUCAGAUGGCGGGGUUGUUCCGCGGCAUGCUCAUGAGUUAA